AUGAAUCGUCUUCCAAGUGGGCAGCCAUCUCCCUCACCUUUCAACGCCCAUCGGCGCCCCAUGGGCUUCGGUCUUGCUCACUCGGUCAAUGAUAAUGUCCUUACCCUUUGUUCUCCUAUUGUGGGAUUGUGUGACGAGGAGUUGCGUUUAGUCCAACGUUGGACAGGCAGCCAGGUGGCUGAGAUUCUGCGUCAGCAGGGCGCAACCGGAGGGGCGCUGCUGGUGACCGAUUUGCGUCGCAGUCAGACCAUUUUCGAACUCGAGCCCGGUCUCGCCGACUACAUCAACGAGCGCAUGCGUCGCGAGGGCUCAAACCUCUCCGGGGUGACCACGCAGUUCUUCUCCUGGGUCGCUAUUGAGCCGAUGCAACUGUCAGAGCUUCUACCUGGUGAAAGCGACGCCUCCGUGUCUCAGCGCAAUCGCGCCAUUGCCAUGGAGACCGACGAUAGUGGCUCGGUCACCACGCUUCACCAGGCUCCUUCGUCCGUUGCCACGCACACUGCUGGUGGCGGCAGGAGUGAAGACGAUGUGAGCUUUCUCUGCGAUGCUAAUGACCGAAUACACUUUGGGUUGCAGGUGAUCGUCGACGUCGUGGGGGACAGUUCGGUGAGCUCGAACGGGGCGCCGAGGGCGAAGGCGGCCAAAAGCGACGCGCCGCCGCCGCCGCCCGCGACCUCUGACGCCGAGAUGAAACAAACGGGGAAGGAUAGCAAACAGGGCGAUCUCCCUGCGAGCAAAGAACCCCGCAACACCUCCGGUGAGAAUAGCGAAUCGCCCAGUGUCUUCCGCAAUGGCGGCGCCCCCACUUGCGUGACGGCCAACUCGUCUUCCUCGCCAUUGGACCUCCUCUCCGAGAUGCGACUUCGAAGGGCUGGUGGGGGUACUUCGAGCGCCGGUGGACUGGCGUGUGCAGGUCCCUUUCCCUGUGCCGGCUCCACCUCAGUUCCCGGCACUCCUGGCUCAUCGAUCGGGGCCGGGGGCGACUCGGCGCCGUGCACGCCCCUCGCGCAUCUCUCCCUUUCUCCGGCAAGUUUGGAGAUGCAUCCGUCCCGCGCCAUAGACUGCCUCGACGUCCACUUUUCCCUGGAAGCGGGCGAGCUGCUUCCGCUUGCCAUUUGUGAUAGACUUAAACAUGGCCGCCACUUCACUUUCCUCAACGCGAACUCACCCGAACACGCCAUUACCCUCGUCCCUCCGGGUGUAACGGACGCUAUGGUUUCCCCGGACGUACCUUUCGUCUCUCGUGGCCCAUGGUUGCAGAUAUACCUGCCAAACGACUUCCUGGAACAACUGGAGCGCCAAUUCUCCAUCCUUCAGUAUCCCGAGGAGAUAGUCCUUCCGCUAGUUUUUAGGUGGCCAGAACGGCGUCUGCGGAUUUGUGUUCUAGACGCCAACAGCGCCCAACUUCCGCCCGUUAGUUUUCCCCCUCCAAUGGUGCCCCGACCCAUUCCCAGUUCUGCACCCGCAUUUACCCCUACUUCCUCUUUGCCGCCCGGUCUUUUCCCUCCGGGUUGUGUCCCCCCUCCUCCGGUGCUUGCAGCCUUCAUCAACUCCCAACAGGGCCGUGGUGGUGACCCUCUUGGCUCCACUUCGCCUCCGGGUUCUGGUGCUUCGAGUAGCCAAAGCCCGCCUUUCGUUCCUCCCUUCCCAGCCGCAAAGCCCUCUCCUGCUUCUGCAUCGCAUCUCUCCGCUCACUCCUCCUCCUCCUCCGCUCUCAUGGAAGCGAUGUUGGCCUCAUUUUUCAGUUUCUACGGUAACAAAAUGCCGUUCACCGGAGGCUUUCCUGCAUCCUUUCCUCUGCAGCCCCCUCCGCCACCCUCAUCGAACCCUUCAAGCAUGCGUCCGCCCUGGUGA